AUGUUCAGCAAACCAGUGUUACGAGCUACAACACGCUCGGCUAGGCAUAUCCACACGGUGCCUACCCUGCCCCUCCAGGAAGAGUGGGCAAGCAAAGGCAUUCCGCAGCUGCUCUCAAAGGAUGGAUUUAACACGGCAUGGACGCAGUACCAGAACUAUUUGCUGACCCGUCUCACUCUCAAGACUCAGGGAACUGAGUUUGAGAACCGCUCUGUGAGCGAUAUCGUGAUUUCCAGCGCAAAAAGGUCGCAGAACACUUCGAUAUACCACUUUGCAUCGCAGGCUUUCAACAACCAUUUCUUCUUCCAGCAGUUUUCAAACAAAAGCCAAGGCUCAGUUCCAUCAUACGGGCUGAGUAGUCUAAUCAAAGACCAAUUUGGAUCCAUAGAAGAAUUCAGAGAGAGCUUUUUGUUUGAGGCAGACAGUUUAAGUGGCCAGGGUUGGGUUUGGCUUGUUGAGGAGAGUGACAAAAAAUUGUCUAUUCUGAAAAGCUAUAACGACGGCACCCCGUUGUAUCUUCCACGCAACCAAUCAAUGGACCUUAAUGGAGCCGUGACUUUGGAACAGUACGAGGCUCUUGAGACCUAUAAGAAAAUGGUGGAUACCAAACUGGAGGACUUCACCUUGCCGCUUCUAUGCGUCAACGUCUGGGACUACUGUUGGUUGCAUGACUUUGGCAUAAAUGGCAAGGCAGAGUAUCUCGAGAAGUUCUGGGAGUCCAUAGAUUGGAAUGUCGUGAACUCAAGGGUUUACAAUUUGACUGACGUGGAGUAA